CCAAAGAAGGAGAAGUAGUAACAUUAAAAUCGAAGCGUCCCGCAAUCGUUUUAUAUUGUAAUAAUGAUCUGAUACGAGCCAUAAAAGCACGUUAAAUGCCCCGCGGUUAACUGACGGCACGUUUUUUUGUAGCGUUAUUGUCAUUUCGCCGCGAUGGCGCACGCGCGUGAGGAAGCUCUCCCGACGAACACCGACAGCGAGGAAGAGUUUGGCUUUUCUUCGGGAGACGACGAUUUGGAGGAUGAAAGCAUUCGUUUUAAGGAGCGAUAUGACAUGAGAAAGGAUGCAAUGUGUAAUGAGAAUAUGGUGCCUUCAGGUGCAUAUCACACAAGGGCGGCAAGCAAGUGCUGUUCAAUUUUCAGUGCUGAAGGCAAUCUUAACCAAUGUGACAAUGACAGUGAACAGACACCUGCUGCAAAGAGAGCCAGGACACUUUCGUGGAAAGCAGAGACUGAUGUUGACCAGGUUUCACAGACUCUGAGAUUCCUGCCUGCUCGAGAUCCUGGGCCUCUGUUAUCUACUGCUGAAUCACACUCUCCCAUAAGUCUUUUCAAACUAUUUUUCACAGAGAGCGUUGUGGAAAACCUGUGCCACAACACAAAUGCUCAGGCUGCCAGGGCAGCUCUAAAGGGCCGCAAGUACAAGUGGACAGAUGUCAGUGUGGAUGAGUUUUACCGCUACAUCGGACUCGUGUUCUACAUGGCUACGGUGAAGAUGAGCUCCAUCUCUGACUACUGGAGACAGGACAGUAUUUUCUCUCUGCCUUUUUCCGCUACAGUUAUGUCAAGGGACAGAUACCGCACCAUUUCAUGGAAUGUACACAUGAGUAACCCAGAUGUAGAUGAAGAGAACGACAGAAAGAGGAGCACAGCCCAACCUGACCAUCUGUUCAGGAUCAAACCUCUCAUGAACACUAUCCGUCUUGCGUGCAAAGCCUUCUAUCAUCCUAGAAGAAAUCUAGUCGUUAAUGAAAAAUUUGUGGCCUGUAAAGCAAAGAGAGAAGUGACAGCGCACACGAAAGCCAAGCUGACAAAGUUGAAGUUUUUCAUCCUUUCAGAUUCAUCAAAUGGAUAUACUGUGGACUUCUCCGUCUACACGAGCAAGAACAGUUUACCCACAGACCGCGGGUUUUCGUAUGAUGCUGUGAUGUCUCUCCUGGACCGUAAAGCUUUGGGCUCUGGGUAUCAUGUGUACAUGGAUGAUUUUUUCACAAGCCGUAAGCUCUUCGCAGACUUGUUAGCUCUGAAGUUUGGUGCUUGUGGGGCAUACAGAGACCAGAGGAAGGGCUUCCCGAAAACUGCAGCUAAUUCACUGAACAGAAACUCCAGCAGGGGAUCCAUUAGGUGGAUUCGGGACGGUCCUCUUGUGUGUGUAAAGUGGAUGGACUUGCAAGUGGCAUCUGUUUGUUCUACCAUCCAUGCUGCCUUUUCAGGAGAGCGUGUGCAAAGAAAAAUCAAAGCACGACAUACGUGGAAGGCGAAGUCUUUUCCGUGUCCUGCGCCUGUGACUGCAUACAACCAGCACAUGGGGGGUGUUGACCUGUCUGAUCAGCUGCUGCAGUAUUACGCUACACAGCACAAAACCAUGAAGUGGUACAGAAAAAUCUUCCUACACUUCUUGGAUAUUGCCGCCAACAACGCUUUCGUAUUGCACAAAGAACUUCAGGGCAACAUGACUCACGAUCAGUUCAUGGAAGAGCUUAUCGCAGAGCUCUGUGGCGUGUCACAGAAAGCAGCACCAAAACAGUUUAGUACAGACCAUGUGCCAAUUCCAGGAGCUAAGCUGACUACAGUUGUCAGAAGAAUCGCUACUCUCGGUCGCCGGAUCUGUGUGCAUUGCAAAGCCGUGCUUGGAAAGAAGCAACAAACACCUUGGAAAUGCCAGGCUUGCAACGUUCACUUGUGUCUUCAGUUGAACAGAAACUGUUUCCAGGAUUGGCAUAAAAGUCUGUGAUUUGUCAAAACUGGGAUUGCAAAAACAAACAUGAUAGUUACUAACUAACAAGUAAAAACAUACAUAAUACCCACGCUUUAAAAACAUCAAAGCAAAUAGUAAAGUAACAUAAAAUGUUGCUUCCUUUAUUUUUCCCUGAUACAAAAGCACUACAUUGAUGCUCCGAUAAAGUUUAAUCUAAACUGAUUUUAGAUUUUAAAACCUUUUUUGGUUUUAUUAUAAAAUUUUAAUACUUGAAAUUGGUUGUGGUGGUAUAUCUUGUGUAUAUCUAAAGUGUUUAAGGGUUACUCCACCCCAAAAUGAAAACUCACUUACCCUCCUAUGUCAUUGAAAACCCCUAAAAGCUUUGUCUUCAGAACACAAAUUUAAGAUUUAGGCUUAAAACCAGGAGUCUUGGGAUCGUUCCAUUGACUGCCAAGUAAAUUAUACUAUCACGGUCCAGAAAAGUAUGAAAGACAUUGUCAGAAUACUCUUAUCUGCCAUUAUGUUACAUUACGUUACACUUAAAUAUCAAGUUCAUUAGAUGUUACUGCACUUAGGGUGAAGUGAACCUGUGGCAAAUUGAUUUGGAAAGACACACACACAUCUUAACAAAAGGUCUUUUCUCAAAGAAACUGCAUGCCUGAAGAGCUGAGAAACAAAUUUAUGCCAAGCCAAACAUCUUUUGAGGAGUUCAGAAAAAAAAUCUGUUAUAGAAGCAUGUAGUCUCUGUUAACCUUAACAGAAAAAGUUCAAAACGACCAUUACUUUUCCUAGAGCUGUACUGAAGAAUCCUUAGAUUCUCAAAUCGUGGGUUUAUUAUGUUCAGUUUAUUCAUUCAUUCAUUAUAUUCCUAUAUUUUAUAUUUCUUAUUUUUCCUUGCUGAUGUCAUUGUUGUUCAAGCUCAUGCUUGCGGGGUUUUAUAAACCGUUUUGUCUGUAUGAGUAGAGAUAGAUGUUCUGUUAGUGGCUUAACUGAUAUUUUCUGAUGUGAUCUGGUGUCCAGGGCUACAUUCUAAAUAUUACCAAGCGUGGAGCCCCGAGCUAUCAAACUAAUUACAACAGAUGGACACAGUCACUGUAAAUUAGUUUAUAUUCCCAAAUCCUAAACAAACUGGCAAAAUGCUGUAGGAUGGAGAACCUUUAGUGUCUUGGGGUCAACCCUCAUGAAGAUAGUCUGUUGAUAGUUUGUGGGGGGCUAGAAUGAUUAGCUUACACCGGACUACAGUCUAGUCACCAGCAUAGUUUCUAUGGUAGCAGGGAAAGUUGUUUUUAUGGCCAUAAAGCUCUCUUGCUUUUGUAUGUUUUUUGCAGAUUUAUGUCGGCAGAACGUCAAGAAAUGUAAUUCUUGAAAAGAUUUAGGCCUGAGGAAUCUCCUUGGUGACAUCCACCAUCAGACAGCAUAGCUGGAAUUUUUUUGCUGUAUUUCCAGGGUCGAGAUUCUACCGGAAUGACAGACUGGCAGGAGUUUGUAACUUUAUUUUCAUCCCCAAGCUGCUCUUAUUAGUUGUUUCCAAUUAUGUUUGAGCAGGCAGUAUUUUCAGCCUUGUUUGACAGUUUCUUUUAGCUUUUUUUUUUUUUCCUACUUUUGCAUUCACACAUUAGCAUGCACAGGCUAGUUGUAUAUUGUUUUUAGUAUUAAAAAUCUUUUUUUAUAAACGCUGCAAUAAAAGGGUAAAUAAUAAUUAUAUUAAUAACAUUGAAUAACUUAUAAAAAAAAAUCAUGUAAAAAAUGAUUACUAAAUGAUUACUUUGUGAUAAUGAAAUUGUUAUUGAUUAUGGACUUGAAUAUCUAUGGCAAGCUACGAUGUCUUCUAAACACUAUAUGUAAAUGCACAACAUUGAAUAAACAUAACUGAAACAGCAUUU